AUGGAAUUGACAGAACGCCCCCAUGAUAUUCCGACAGGAGGAUUGGUUCUGUUUGUGGUGAAGGGGACUGCGACUUCGACACACAACACAGUCAAACCACUGAUUUUGAUUGAAGAGCUUGGCAUACCCCACGACAUCUACGUUGUUGAUCGUGUGUCAGCGGCCUGGUUCGCCGAUAUCAAUCCCCACAAAAUGGUUCCGGCAAUUGAAGACACUUACGAUGGGAGGCCUGUUCGAAUUUGGGAAUCUACAUCGACGUUGACGUAUCUUACCGAUCGUUACGACACCAACGGUUCAUUCAGCGGGCGAGACACAAGUGAAAAAGCGGAAGUAGGGAAUUGGCUGACGCUGCAUACAGCUGCGCUGGGACCUACAGCCAAGUAUUGGCUGUACUUCCACGCGCUGCAUCCGGUCAAGAUCCCGGCUGUGACAGAAAAGCUAGCGCAGAAUAUAGAGGUCCAAUAUGGCAUUCUGGAAAAGCGCCUGGCUCAACCCGGCCAGAACUAUCUAGCGCUCAAGGAUCGUCCAACAAUUGCCGACAUUGCAACACUGCCAUUUGCAAUGGAGUCUACAGCGAAGUUGUUUGGGUUAGAUUUCGGGCAGUGGCCCAAGGUGCGUGAGUGGAGCGUGCGGAUGAGCGAGCGACCGGCAGUACAACGGGCAUGGUCACGUGUUUCUCGAUUUGGACACGAAGACAAGAAUGACGAUAGAUCGAAUAAUUGA